AUGGCGAGCCCUAAGCCAAAAUUCCGCGUGGUGAUUGUGGGCGGGUCUAUCGCAGGCUUGACUCUGGCCCACUGUCUACUGAGGAACAAUAUUGACUUUGUGGUGCUUGAGGCUCAUAAUGAGAUCGCACCUCAAGUCGGCGCCUCGAUUGGGAUUAUACCCAACGGUGCUCGCAUUCUGGAUCAACUGGGCCUGUUCGAUGACAUUGUGGACACCACAGAGCCCAUGCAGGAGUCAUCCUACUGGACCCAGGAAGGCAACCUCAUUGUCCGGAAUGACACGCCGCAGCUGAUACAUAAGAGGCAUGGCUAUCCUAUUGCAUUUGUUGAUCGUCAGGUCGUACUCAAGGUCCUCUAUGAUCAUCUUGCGGACCAGCAAGAUCGUAUUCUUGUGGGCAAGAAGGUCAUCAAAGUCGAGAAUUUGCAUGGAAGGGUCAAGGUUCACUGUGCAGAUCAUUCAGUCUUCGACGGGGAUUUGGUAGUAGGAGCUGAUGGGGUACGGAGUAUUGUUAGGCAGCAAAUGUGGGACUACAUGGAGUCUAGGGGCCUCGGAAGAGAGGUACUGAUAGAAAGAAAUGCGAUGACGUCUGAAUAUAGCUGUGUGUUUGGCAUCUCAACAGCCGUCGAAGGCUUGACCCCCGGAAGCGGACACCGAACCUUUGGCGAGGAUUUUUCGUUUCUGACUCUCAUUGGUAAAGAGGGUCGGGUGUACUGGUUUUUUUUCACCAAGAUGGAUCGAGUAUACUCCGCGUCAGAAAUCCCGCGGUUCCACCAGAGCUUGAUUGACGAGCAUGUUGCUCCCUACUUGCAGAAGCCAAUCCGUGAUACCGUCCCUUUCGCCGCGGUGUACGAGAGGGCUAUAACCCGGACUUUCCUGCCUUUGGAAGAGGCUGAAUAUAACCAUUGGGCCAUCGAUAGAUGGGUUUGCGUUGGAGAUUCUGCUCACAAGAUGACUCCAAAUAUGGGGCAGGGCGGAAACAGCGCCAUUGAAAGUGCCGCCUCUCUCGCCAAUAGUCUGGCUAGCUUGAUUGAAGCCUCCGGCGAUUCUAGAGUUUCAGUGAAAGAUCUAAAUGACUACCUGCAGCCGUGGCAGAAGAAACGCCAGGAUCGUCUGCAGGACAUUUUCAAAAAAGCCCACGAGCUCACUCGACUCGAGGCAUUGGCUACGUGGAAGGAAAAAUGCAUUGCACUCCAUCUCUUCCCAUACCUCACCAACUACCUAGCCGAUGGAGCAUCGCAGACUAUCGUCGGUGCAACAAUGCUCGACUGUGUACCACUACCGCCGAGGUCAUUGCAGUGUACGAUGCCAUUCACCAACUUCCAUCCGCCUCGGAAUGACGCGAUCUGGAAACGAGCCCUGUGGGCGGUGCCAUUGAUCGGCAUUUACGCAGUUGGAAGAGCGACUGCACUCCCGGUAAUCUUGAACACUCGACCUCACUUAUAUCCACUCUUUAAGGAAGGAACAUGGACAGCGGGUAAUGGAGAGGUCCUUAGUUUGACCAAGCCCCUAUACCAUAAUCUCUUCCUGGACAAGUUGUUCCGGCCUCUCAUUACCUGCUUUCUGCCCUCAAUCACUGGGUCUGAUACGAAUUCGCGGGUUCAAAUGCUUUCAUUUAUGACAGACCUGGGGGCGGUUUAUGGAAUCUGGCUAUUGGAGAGCUACCGCGGUGCUCACUCCUGGACCAACGUCCUUCUCCCCUUGACAGCAGGCACGGUAUUCCAAUUAAAGGGGAUAUGGAUGGUCGCGCCAUUCUAUUAUACCCUGGAGUAUUUGAUGACGCCUCUAUACAGUCUACUUUCUGGCAGCAGCAGCAAGGAGAUCGAUGCUGUCACCACCGAGUCGCUGGUCCUGUCAACGUUGGCCGGAUAUUACUCCACCACUUUUGCGAACUUCUUUGCCCCGAGUCUUCGAUCACGCCAAUGGUAUAAUGCGAUGUGGCAAGUCUUCCCAGCGACAAUCCCUCUCCUUCAAGUUCCACUUUCCCUUGCAAGGCGCUGGCUCUCCCCCUCUUCGCCACCAAAAGACGAGAUAGACAGAAAGCAACAGCAGAGAAAGAGAAGGCAAAACAUCCGCUACGCAUGUGGGACGUUCGCUCUCGUCUCAGGUCUCACGUUCAUCUAUGGCCGAUUCACAGCUCCACCAGGUGUCUCCUUCUGGAAUAUUUUCGUCCCGGGUCUGCGGGAUCAUUUGGCGCCUGUCACGUCUUUCAGUGACGGAAUCGCACGCUUUUUGCAGUACGAUGAACUAAUCUCCAUGGGAAGUGCGUAUGUGUGGCUUGCACUGCGUUUCCGCGAGCUGAAACAAGCGGGGGCUCGAUUUUCUUGGACUCGAGCUGGGGCGGCUUUCGUUGCAUCUUUGUUGGCUUUGGGACCAGGAGCGACGUUUGCUUUGGGAUGGGGGUGGCGCGAGGAGCUUCUGCACCAAGUGGCUAAGGAGCUCUAA